CGUUAUUCUCACGAACCACACAACCUUCCUGUGCGAAAGAGACUUAUUUGUGCUCGCUUCCUGUUUGUUUCUCGUCAAACACCUCAACUUUCUCUGAAAAAUCUUAUCGUCUUGUACUUUCCGAUCAUGGAGAUGGAGCGCGUGACCGAGUUUCCUCACACGCACAUGGAUCGGCGACCCGCGAAGAGGGCGCGUAUGGGUUGGGACGUUCUUCCUCAGAUCCCAAAGGCUCAGGUAGGAAUGUUUUGUGGACAAGAGGUUGGGAAUCUGACAAGCUAUGCACCUUCAAGAGCAUCCUCAGACCUUACCACUAAUUCCUCUCUGUUUGAAAAGGGAGUGGCUCGAAAUGGUUCACCCCCAAGGCGAGAUGAUGACAAAGAUGGGCAUUACAUGUUUGAGCUUGGAGAAAAUUUAACUUCUCGCUAUAAGAUCCACAGCAAAAUGGGUGAAGGUACCUUUGGUCAGGUUUUGGAGUGCUGGGAUAGAGAAAAGAAGGAAAUGGUUGCUGUCAAAAUUGUCCGUGGAAUCAAGAAGUAUCGUGAUGCAGCUAUGAUAGAAAUUGAAAUGCUACAACAGCUUGGUAAACAUGAUAAAGGUGGCAACCGUUGUGUGCAAAUACGGAACUGGUUUGACUAUCGUAACCAUAUCUGUAUUGUGUUUGAGAAGCUUGGACCAAGCUUAUACGAUUUUCUACGGAAAAACAAUUAUCGCCCAUUUCCCAUUGAUCUUGUCCGUGAGAUUGGCCGACAACUAUUGGAAUGUGUAGCAUUUAUGCAUGACUUGCGUCUGAUACAUACUGACUUGAAGCCAGAGAACAUACUUCUAGUAUCUUCAGAUUAUGUUAAAGUUCCUGAUUACAAGGAUUAUAAGAGUUCUUCUCGAUCACCAAAGGAUGGCUCCUACUUCAAAAGGUUGCCUAAGUCGAGUGCUGUUAAGGUGAUUGAUUUUGGUAGUACAACCUAUGAGCGUCAAGAUCAGAAUUACAUUGUGUCUACAAGACAUUAUCGUGCACCUGAGGUUAUUCUUGGACUUGGAUGGAGUUACCCUUGUGAUAUAUGGAGUGUUGGUUGCAUCAUAGUGGAGUUAUGCACAGGUGAGGCGUUGUUUCAAACACAUGAGAAUUUGGAGCACCUAGCAAUGAUGGAAAGGGUUCUUGGUCCAUUGCCGCUGCACAUGCUGAAGAGAGUAGAUCGACAUGCAGAGAAGUAUGUUAGAAAGGGUAGAUUGGAUUGGCCAGAUGGUGCAACCUCAAGAGAGAGUAUUAAAGCUGCGAUGAAGCUUCCCCGUCUGCAGAACUUAAUAAUGCAGAAUGUUGAUCAUUCUGCUGGGGAUCUCAUACAUCUAUUGCAGGGAUUGCUUAGAUAUGAUCCAACAGAUAGGCUAACAGCUCGUGAAGCCCUUAGGCAUCCUUUCUUUAGUAGGGACCAUCAGAGGAGAUGAGUGAUUGAGGUCAUGCUCCCUGGCUUUACAUGGUGUGGUCGGUGUUUCUGUGCGAUGUGAAUAUCAUAUUGGCAGAAAAGCAUAGAUUCCCUCCCACAGUCGACAACUCCCCUUUCUCUAGCUGUGACAUUUUUUACCCCCCAUUUUAUGCUGAAAUGUAUGUAGUCUGGAGCUAGCCAACAAGAUUUCUGAAGUGUACACUCAUAAAGUUUAAUGAAGAAUUGAACAGUAAAUUCUUUAGAUAUA